UAAAUGGAUAUUUCAGUGAUUUACAUCUUAUUGUAUUAGUUUUUUAAUAGGAAUAAUUGCGAUCCUGAGGUUAUUUUUUUUGACUGGGUUACGUGGUGUUCUUGCCUGCUGCUUCUGAUCUUCCAGAGAGGUUGAUUUGCCCGAUUUUUAGGGAGAUUGGGGGUUUAGGAUUUGAUACGAGUCUAAACUUUCCGUUUACCCUUUUUGGGUUGUGAAGAAAAGGUUCCAAUUUUUUUUUCGAUUGGUGCAUAUUGGAAUCCAGUUGGGGAAAAUGGGUCUCCAGAUGGAUUCUGGCAUGAAUUCUCAGCUGUUAGCUCGUUAUUUUGAGCGGCUGUUUGAGAUUUUGGGCGUUUUCUGUGUUACCCAGAAAUGGGUUGGUGUUGGAUGAGUUCAUCUGGAUUCUGCUUUUCUUCCCUCUUUCUUCCGGAUCUGAAAUUUGGAAGGUUUAUCAUGGUAAAAGGAAGUAACUUUUGGUUUUCUAAUCCAAUUUCUGCUAUAUCUUUUCGACUGUAUGCUUGGACAAGUUCAAACAACAAGACAAGCUAUGUCCUUUGAUCUACUGCUGAAACUAGGUUACCGGGUAGUGGUAGGACUAGAUAUUUUCCUUCCUUCUGGCUUUCUGAUUUGUCAAUUUUUCCCCUUGUUUUUUUUUUUUUUUUUUCUGUCUGCGGUGGUUCUUGCUAGAUGAGGCUUGCCUGUGUAACUUGUGAGAUGUUUCUGCAUGUUAGGGAUCUGUAGAAAAGCUUGGAUUUUGCUUCAUCAUGUUGUAGAUUGUUGGCUCAAUCAGUAGUUCACAUUUGACAAGCUUUUCAGUUUAGGGGACUGUUUACAGUUAUUGCAAUUUGAAGGGACACUAGCUAAAAAGGACUGGGAGAUUCCAUUAUAUGCACUUCAUUGGACAAACUUGAAGGCCUUUUCAGGAAAUGGGAUCACAUUUCAACUUCAGUAACUUCGGCAACACUUCAUUUGGAGACGGUGCAGGAACCAAGUUACCACCAGUUGUCAGCACUCCAUUGGUCCGCCAGUCUUCAGUAUACUCUCUCACCUUCGAUGAGCUUCAGAACACCUGGGGGGGAAGCCUAGGGAAAGAUUUUGGCUCAAUGAACAUGGACGAGUUACUCAAAAACAUAUGCUCGGCUGAGGAAACUGGCAUCGAAGCUGGUGCUUCAGGCGGGAAUCUACAGAGACAAGGCUCCUUAACUUUGCCUAGGACCUUAAGUCAGAAAACCGUUGAUGAAGUUUGGAAAGAUUUCAUAAAAGAGAACACGGUAGCAGCCAAGGAGAUUGCUCCACCUGAUCCUCCUCAGAGGCAGCGAACGCUGGGAGAGAUGACACUGGAGGAGUUCCUGUUGAGAGCAGGUGUAGUUAGAGAGGAUACCAACAAGCAAAUGGGAAGGGAGAAUAACAAUGUGGGAUUCUUUGGCGAACUAAGUCAACUGAAUAAUAACAACAGUAGUAGUUUGGCACUUGGAUUCCAACAGCAACCAAAUCAAGCCUCGAGCUUGGGGAUGAAUGUCGGAGGAAUCAGACCCUCUAUGCAUCAUCAUAAUCAGCAGCCAUCUCAGCAGUUGCAUCAUCAUCAUCAGCAGCAGCAGCCAUCUCAGCAGUUGCAUCAUCAACCUAGGAGUCAGCACCAGCAGCCACCGCCACUCUUUCCCAAGCCAGCUACAGUGGCAUUUGCAUCUCCGAUGCACAUGGUGAAUGGUGGUGCACAGCUACCAAGCCAAGGGAUGAGGAGCUCUGGUGCUGUUGGCUUGGAAAACUCCUCAACGGGUAUAAACAAUAACAGUUUAGGUCGUGUGGGUGGUUUAGGAACUGGAGGCGUUACAGUUGCAACAGCUUCUCCUGCUAGCCAGAUAUCGCCUGAUGUGCUUUCGAGGAGUGAUGCUGAUACCUCAUCUGUGUCGCCGGUUCCUUAUGUGUUUACUCGGGGCAGAAAACCUAAUACGGCUUUGGAGAAGGUUGUUGAGAGAAGGCAGAGAAGGAUGAUUAAGAACAGGGAGUCUGCUGCACGAUCUCGAGCUCGUAAGCAGGCAUAUACGCUGGAACUGGAAGCUGAGGUGGCGAAACUGAAAGAGUUGAAUGAAGAGCUGGAAAGAAAACAGGCUGAAAUAAUGCAGAUGCAGAAGAAUCAGUUCUUGGAGAAAAUGAAUCAUCCAUGGGGAGGAAAAAGGUUAUGCUUGAGGAGAACACUGACAGGGCCUUGGUAGGAUCAACAUCAACACAUUUCCGAAGAAGUACGCGUUUGAGAGACGUUUCAACCUCUGGGCAUGCUUAUAUGAAUACUUACUGAACCUAUAUAGGGUAGAUUAGCUAUCGUCGUUUGUAGGGAGCAGAUGAUGUGAGUUUUGCCCUGUAAAUUACAAAAAUUGGUAGUAAUGCUGUCCUAGUGGAGUUUAGGAACAGGGAAUUCAUAUUAUUAAGUUAAGAAAACAAUGCAAGCUACGGUCCACUGUUGUCUGUAUAUUCUU